CAAGUUGUAAUCAAGGAAACAUGAAGAUGUUCAACCUGUGCUUUCUACUAAGCCUGGCAGCCGCAGUUUACUGUGUGCCAAUAUCGCAUAUUACUGUGCAAGAUGAGAAAUUUGCAGAGAACUACCUGAAGAAAUUCUUCAACCUAACAGAGGAGACUGGUCCAACUCACAGACGGGGGAUCAGCCCAUUGACCAAGAAGCUGACUGAGAUGCAGAGAUUCUUCGGUCUCCAGAUCACCGGGACGCUGGAUACUGACACCAUGGCGAUGAUGAAGAAGCCCCGCUGUGGCGUUCCGGACAGCAAAAUUUCCCGUUUCUCCACAAGUGGAAUUGACUACAAGUGGGACAGAAAAAGCCUGACCUUCAGGAUAGAAAACUACACACCUGACAUGUCUCAGUCAGAGGUGGAAGAAUCCAUAGGUAAAGCUCUGCAGGUUUGGGCCAAAGUCACUCCUCUGAGAUUCACAAGGAUCUACAGCGGCACGGCUGACAUCAUGAUCUCCUUUGCACGCGGAUCACAUGGUGAUAAUUCCCCCUUUGAUGGCCCUGAUGGCUUUCUUGCCCAUGCCUAUGCCCCAGGACCUGGCAUUGGAGGAGAUGCUCAUUUUGAUGAGGAUGAGAGCUUCACUUAUCGCUCAUUCAACGGCUAUGUCCUCUUCUUGGUGGCUGCUCAUGAGUUUGGCCACUCUCUAGGCUUGGAUCACUCUGAUGACCCUGGUGCCCUCAUGUUCCCCGUCUACUCAUACAGAAACCCUGACACUUUUGUUCUCCCCCGCGAUGACGUCAACGGCAUCCAGUCUCUCUAUGGUCCCAACCCUGACAAGGAUCCCUCUGUAGAUGAACCUGAGCCCCCCACCACCCCUGAUGCCUGUGAUUCCAACAUGGUGCUGGAUGCUGUCGCAACACUACGAGGAGAGAUGCUCUUCUUCAAAGACAGCUUCUUCUGGCGGAGCUACCCACAGAGCAAUACACCCCAGCAAAUUCUUAUCACAACCUUCUGGCCCAAUGCCCCCGUCAACAUCAACGCUGCCUAUGAAAGCCAACACUCAGACACAGUGCUUUUAUUUAAAGAUCGGAAAGUGUGGGCUUUCAGCGGCUAUGAUCUCGUGCGUGGUUAUCCAAAAUCAAUUUCCACUUUUGGUCUGCCAAAGAGUGUGAAGAAAAUCGAUGCAGCCCUUGUAGACGUGGAAUCCAGAAAGACUCUGUUCUUCGUGGGCAGUGAAUACUACAGUUAUGAUGAGGCCAGAGAGACCAUGGAUCAGGGAUUCCCCAAGCCUGUGGAUCAGACAUUCUCAGGUUUGACCAGCAAGGUGACUGCAGCUUUCCAGUACAGAGGUUUUACUUACAUCUACAGUGGACCAAAUAUGUUUGAGUACAGCCUGAGGACGGGGACCCUGUUCCGGGUGCUGAGGAACAGCUACUUCCUACGCUGCACCAACUUCCACAGAAACACAAGUUGUAAUCAAGGAAACAUGAAGAUGUUCAACCUGUGCUUUCUACUAAGCCUGGCAGCCGCAGUUUACUGUGUGCCAAUAUCGCAUAUUACUGUGCAAGAUGAGAAAUUUGCAGAGAACUACCUGAAGAAAUUCUUCAACCUAACAGAGGAGACUGGUCCAACUCACAGACGGGGGAUCAGCCCAUUGACCAAGAAGCUGACUGAGAUGCAGAGAUUCUUCGGUCUGCAGAUCACCGGGACGCUGGAUACUGACACCAUGGCGAUGAUGAAGAAGCCCCGCUGUGGCGUUCCGGACAGCAAAAUUUCCCGUUUCUCCACAAGUGGAAUUGACUACAAGUGGGACAGAAAAAGCCUGACCUUCAGGAUAGAAAACUACACACCUGACAUGUCUCAGUCAGAGGUGGAAGAAUCCAUUGAGAAAGCUCUGCAGGUUUGGGCCAAAGUCACUCCUCUGAGAUUCACAAGGAUCUACAGCGGCACGGCUGACAUCAUGAUCUCCUUUGCACGCGGAUCACAUGGUGAUUUUUCCCCCUUUGAUGGCCCUGAUGGCUUUCUUGCCCAUGCCUAUGCCCCAGGACCUGGCAUUGGAGGAGAUGCUCAUUUUGAUGAGGAUGAGAGCUUCACUUAUCGCUCAUUCAACGGCUAUGUCCUCUUCUUGGUGGCUGCUCAUGAGUUUGGCCACUCUCUAGGCUUGGAUCACUCUGAUGACCCUGGUGCCCUCAUGUUCCCCGUCUACUCAUACAGAAACCCUGACACCUUUGUUCUACCCCGCGAUGACGUCAACGGCAUCCAGUCUCUCUAUGGUCCCAACUCUGACAAGGAUCCCUCUGUAGAUGAACCUGAGCCCCCAACCACCCCUGAUGCCUGUGAUUCCAACAUGGUGUUGGAUGCUGUUGCAACACUACGAGGAGAGAUGCUCUUCUUCAAAGACAGCUUCUUCUGGCGGAGCUACCCACAGAGCAAUACACCCCAGCAAAUUCUUAUCACAACCUUCUGGCCCAAUGCCCCCGUCAACAUCAACGCUGCCUAUGAAAGCCAACACUCAGACACAGUGCUUUUAUUUAAAGAUCGGAAAGUGUGGGCUUUCAGCGGCUAUGAUCUCGUGCGUGGUUAUCCAAAAUCAAUUUCCACUUUUGGUCUGCCAAAGAGUGUGAAGAAAAUCGAUGCAGCCCUUGUAGACGUGGAAUCCAGAAAGACUCUGUUCUUCGUGGGCAGUGAAUACUACAGUUAUGAUGAGGCCAGAGAGACCAUGGAUCAGGGAUUCCCCAAGCCUGUGGAUCAGACAUUCUCAGGUUUGACCAGCAAGGUGACUGCAGCUUUCCAGUACAGAGGUUUUACUUACAUCUACAGUGGACCAAAUAUGUUUGAGUACAGCCUGAGGACGGGGACCCUGUUCCGGGUGCUGAGGAACAGCUACUUCCUACGCUAUUGCUUUGCCUUUAAAACUUUUUCAAGGUGUACAUUUGGUGUCAUUCAUUUACUGACUAUUCAGUAUUAAAACAUAGUAUUUCUUUUACAGAGCUAUCUAAAGCAAUUCUUCAACCUAACAGAGGAGACUGGUCCAACUCUCCGACGGGGGAUCAGCCCGUUGACCAAGAAGCUGACUGAGAUGCAGAGAUUCUUCGGUCUCCAGAUCACCGGGACGCUGGAUACUGACACCAUGGCGAUGAUGAAGAAGCCCCGCUGUGGCGUUCCGGACAACAAUAUUGCCCAUUUCUCCACAUUUGGAGGUAAACCCAAGUGGAACAGAAAAAGCCUGACCUACAGGAUAGAGAACUACACACCUGACAUGUCUCAGUCAGAGGUGGAAGAAUCCAUAGGGAAAGCUCUGCAGGUUUGGGCCAAAGUCACUCCUCUGAGAUUCACAAGGAUCUACAGCGGCACGGCUGACAUCAUGAUCUCCUUUGCACGCGGAUCACAUGGUGAUUUUUACCCCUUUGAUGGCCCUGGUCGCACUCUUGCCCAUGCCUAUGCCCCAGGACCUGGCAUUGGAGGAAAUGCUCAUUUUGAUGAGGAUGAGAGCUUCACUUUCCGCUCAAACAGAGGUUUUGUCCUCUUCAUGGUUGCUGCCCAUGAGUUCGGCCACUCUCUAGGCCUGGACCACUCCAACGAUCCCAGUGCUCUCAUGUACCCCACAUACUCAUACAGAAACCCUGACACCUUUGUUCUACCCCGGGAUGACGUCAACGGCAUCCAGUCUCUCUAUGGUCCAAACCCUGACAAGGAUCCCUCUGUGAAUAAACCUAACCCCUCCACCACCCCUGAUGCCUGUGAUUCCACCAUGGUGUUGGAUGCUGUCACAACCCUGCGAGGAGAAAUGCUCUUUUUCAAAGACAGCCACUUCUGGCGAAGCUACCCUCAAAGCAGGACAGCUCAGCCAAGUCUCAUCAUAAAUUUCUGGCCGAAAGCCCUCACCAACAUUAAUGCCGCCUACGAGAGCCAACAGUCAGACAAGAUUUUUCUCUUUAAAGAUCGUAGAGUGUGGGCCUUCACUGGAUAUGACCUUGCUCCUGGCUAUCCUAAAACACUUACUAGCUUUGGUCUGCCGAGAGGCGUGAGAGAAAUCGAUGCGGCCCUCUAUGACGCGGAAUCUGGCAAGACUCUGUUCUUCGUGGGAAUCUAUUACUUCAGUUAUGAUGAGGCUAGGAAGACCAUGGACCAGGGAUUUCCCAAGCGAGUGGAUCAGACUUUUUCAGGCCUGACCACCAAGGUGACCGCAGCUUUCCAGUACAGAGGUUUUACUUACAUCUACAGUGGACCAUACAUGUUUGAGUAUGACCUGAGGACUGGGAGGUUGUUCCGUGUGCUGAGGAACAGCUACUUCCUGCGCUGCACCAACUAGAACAGUUUACUAGCUACAUUGUUUAACUGUUAGUGGAGUAUAUUUUAAAUAUGUAUUAGUGCUAGGCAAUAAUUACAAUUUGUAAUCAUGAUUAUGAUGAUGUAUUGGCUAUUUAUUGCAAAAUGUAAUAUUUAAAUCAAUGCAAACACUUUAAACAAAUAAGGUGCUUUAACAGCAAUAUUUCCGUUACACAUUAGCAGUUCAAAUAUUUCUUGUAAAUCUCAAGUAAUUUAAUUAAAUCAAAUAUUAAACCAAAGCUAUUUGGCCUGCCUCAACUUGCCGAUACGAGUGAUUAAACCCCUCCCAGGCGAAUACUGAACAA